CCCGCCAGGGCAUUACGGCUGCCAAUGGCUCCCAUUGCGAAGGAUUUCUGAUCUACGACCAUCACAUCAGCCCUCCUCCCCGACGGAAAACUAAACACCUGCAAGAGGCUUCACCGAUCCAUGAUAACCAGCCACAGGGCUUCUGCUCACAGGCCUGUUGGAUGACCUCAGAUCGGAGUCUUGCCCAAUUUAUCCUAAGCUAAGCGUUUAAGGCACAGGCACCGUUUGACCCCGGGAUCCUGAGCUGUGGAUGCUUUUCGGGCUGAGUUCGCCCCAGCUGUGUGGCUGAAGCAGCCGCUGGCUGAUUGCGAUUGGCCAUCUCUGACGACACUCCCCGUUUGGGGAAGAUGACCCAACAGGGGUCCAACAGGGGUUGGGGCUUUUAGCAUCACUGCCACCACCUGCCCGCAUUUAACAAUCGUGGAACUCACGCACUUUUGCAUUUUGGCUGGAUUUCCAUUGUCAACCUCCAGCAACCUCACCCCACAUCGAGAUCGCUCGAUCACGACGGUCGACAACGACGACGACGACAACGGUCUCGCAAUCAUGAGCAAACAGUACAUCAUCGGCGACUCGUCGCCAUUCCUCAAGCGGGUGCUCGUCCCCUUCUGGAUCAUCCGCAUCUUGAUCAUGCUUAUCCAGAUUGGUGUCUACGCCCUCCUUGUUGCCGGCUUGGGGGUGUACAAGGAUGACGCAAGGCGGAUUAUUGACGAGUACAACACCCACCUCACAUACGAAGCCAUCAUGGCCACCUCGGUCAUCAUCAUGGUCAUCAUCCUCGUCUGUCUGAUCUUCGAUCUCGUCAGUAUCAUCAAGCGCGCCAGACGCACCUUGGGCCCCAAGUUUUUCUUCUUCACCAACAUCUUCCAGACGCUGUUCUACGUCGUCAGCUUCAUUCUUUCCAUGAUUGGCGCCAGGCCAAGCGCUCUGUACGCCGUUAUCAAUGUUAUUAUCCUGCUCUCCUUCCUCGGUCUCCUUGUCUAUGCUUCCAUCAUCUUCCACCAAUACCGCAAGGGCUCUCUCGGUGACGGCUCCGGUGGCAACCGCGGCACCUACGUGCCCGCCAGCAACCCCGCUGCUGUUCCCUUCAACCAGACCGCUGGUGUUGACACGGCUUAUGCCCCUCAAACUACUGGAUACGGCCAAGACUAUCCCCAAGAAUACCAGAAGCCCGCCUUUUACGACCAGCAGGCGGCGAACCAGGCUGGGUAUGCCGGUCAGGGUUACGAGCCCUACUCCGGACAGCCGCAGCAGGUCAUCCAGCCCCCUCAGCAGGGGUAUGAGAUGCAGGGUCGCCAGGCUGUUUAAGCUGUCUACAUGAAGGGGGAUAUCGGGUGUUGGUAGAGAGUUGGUCUACUAUUCAGGAUUGGAAUUGGUUUUUUUUCGGUUCAGCGAUUUGGCAACACAGGUGCUAUUGGCGCAGGGAUUUGGAAUGGGAUGGUAAAUACCGGGGCGUGCACAUACAUACACACUUUAGAAGCGUUGCGAUAUACCCAUAAUGAUCAAUGUUGAGUUUUUGCUAUCUUUG